AUGGCCUUUGGAUCAACGUAUCUGCAACAAGUCCGUGCCCUUAAUCCAGAGAGCGACAUUCCAUCGCUUGCUGGCAAGGUUAUCCUGGUCACAGGGGGAAAUGUCGGUCUUGGAAAGCAAUGUGUCCUGGAAUUUGCGCGACACAGUCCCAGUCAGAUCUGGUUGGCUGCGCGUAACGCCGAGCGCGGUCAAGCAGCAGUCGACGAAAUAAGGCAGAAGGUUCCGAACGUGCCGAUCCGUUUCCUCGAGCUGGAUUUAGCCUCCUUCGACUCCAUCAAAAAAGCCGCCCAGAUAGUUCUCACGGAAUCUGACCGCCUGGAUAUUCUCAUGCUCAACGCCGGGGUUAUGGCCGUGCCGCCGGGUCUGACCAAGGACGGCUACGAGAUCGAGUUCGGCACCAACCACAUGGGACACGCCCUACUUACUAAACUACUGAUGCCGCUGUUACUCAAGACCACCGACACCGGUGCGGAUGUGCGAGUGGUCUCCAUGACCUCGACUGCGUUUAAGCAAGCGCCCAAGGAUGUUCUGGACUUUGCUCGGCUCAAAAGCACGGCUGAACAUAUGAGUGGCUUUGAACGGUACUCCCAAAGCAAGUUAGCCAAUAUUCUUUGGGCACGGUAUCUUGCCAAAGUAUAUCCCCAGUUGACCGUGGCCUCCGUUCACCCAGGCCUGGUACAGACUGAACUGAUGGAUCGAGCAAGUGAGGCGCCGGCCAUCAUGCGAGCCUUCCGCGGUGUUGCAAAAAUGAUGGCCGUUACUGUUGAGCAAGGUGCUAAGAAUCAGCUUUGGGCAUCUGUGUCUGGGGACGUGGAGAGCGGAGAGUAUUAUGAGCCAAUCGGUAUUUCAGGACAGAUCACAGACAAUGCAAAAGAUGACCAGUUAGCAGAAAAACUAUGGAAUUGGACUCAGAAGGAGCUUGAGAGCUAGACUUCGCAAUAGCCUGAUCGUGAUUUGGGUAUGUGGACUAGGGAUAAGUCUUGAUAUUAGAGCAUCGAAAUGAAAAGCCCAG